GGGCAUUUUUCACAGUGGCUCAGUCGGGAAGUGUUUAGCUGUAAAUAUUGAUUUUCAUUUCCCCCAUUUAAAGGAUUAUUUUUGAAGUCUCAAAAUGCCUGCAUUCCCCGAACUUUAUUUCAAUGUGGAUAAUGGCUAUUUGGAAGGAUUGGUUAGGGGUUUCAAGGCUGGAAUCCUUACUCAAGGGGACUAUCUGAAUCUUGUUCAGUGCGAAACGCUGGAAGACCUAAAGCUCCAUCUGCAAAGCACAGACUAUGGAAGCUUCUUGGCCAAUGAGGCCUCCCCUCUCACCGUCUCUGUGAUAGAUGACAAACUCAAGGAGAAGAUGGUGGUGGAGUUCCGUCACAUGAGGAAUCAGUCCUAUGAGCCACUGGCCAGCUUCAUGGACUUCAUAACGUACAGCUACAUGAUUGACAACGUCAUUCUCCUGAUCACGGGCACCCUGCACCAGCGCGCCAUCUCUGAGCUUGUGCCCAAGUGCCACCCACUGGGCAGCUUUGAACAGAUGGAGGCGGUCAACAUUGCACAGACUCCAGCUGAGCUUUACAAUGCUAUCCUGGUGGACACUCCCCUGGCUGCCUUUUUCCAGGACUGUAUAUCGGAGCAGGACUUGGAUGAGAUGAACAUUGAAAUAAUCCGAAACACACUAUACAAGGCAUAUUUAGAGGCAUUCUACAAGUUCUGUUCUAGCCUUGGAGGAACCACAGCUGACACCAUGUGCCCCAUCCUGGAGUUUGAGGCUGACCGCCGAGCCUUCAUCAUCACCAUCAACUCCUUUGGCACGGAGCUGUCGAAAGAGGACCGGGCCAAGCUCUUCCCCCACUGCGGCAAGCUGUACCCUGAGGGCCUCGCUCAGCUGGCCCGUGCCGACGACUAUGAGCAAGUCAAAGCCGUGGCGGACUACUACCCCGAAUACAAGCUUCUGUUCGAGGGUGCUGGCAGUAACCCAGGGGAUAAAACUUUGGAGGACCGGUUCUUUGAACAUGAGGUGAAGCUAAACAAACUGGCUUUCCUGAACCAGUUCCACUUCAGUGUGUUCUACGCCUACGUCAAGCUGAAGGAACAGGAGUGCCGGAACAUUGUGUGGAUCGCUGAGUGCAUCGCUCAGAGGCACCGUGCUAAAAUUGACAACUACAUCCCCAUUUUCUAAUAAUCACCGCCUCACCCACUCUCUGAUUUCUCGCUCACUAUCUCCGUCUCUCUCUGUCUCUCCUUAACAUUGUGCAGUCCCUAAUCUACUUGUAACAGACACUUUAAUUUAUUAUAAAUAUAUAUAAACAGAUGUGUUUUCUUUCAGUUAUAUAUAUAUAUAUAUAUAUAUAUAUAUUAUAUUUUUUUUUUUUUUUUUUUUUUCUUGGUGAACAGCUUUUCACCUGCUCAGCUUUGUUCCUGACAGCCUCUCUCCUCUCACCGCCAUGGCCAAGGCAUUUGAGAAGACAUUUCUCAUGCCUGGAAUAGCUCCAAAUCCAGUUUGUUAUUGUAGAGAGAUCAUGUUUACAUCUUAAAUGAACAUUUCUGUGUGAUCGCCCCUGAAAAAGUCUACUCCUAGGCGGUGGCCUCGGUAGGCAUUUUCUGCAUUCUCAGUCACUGGCUUAAUUAGUCGGGCACAAACUUCUCACGUUCUCGACACUCUUAGCGGUGGUCUGUGGAGAGCUGAAAGCAACGCGGCAAACCUCACAUGUCUUUGCCAUCAAACAUCAUGCUUUGCUCUAGCCCUAGACCACCAGAGAACGGCAGAACAGAAAAUGGGUCUGUUCUUGUUUGAUUUGGAGCAGAGGCUACCCAAGAUGCACCUCAACUCUCCUGUUCUCUCUCUCCGCUUCCCACCCAGUGAGCAUUGUGGGCCUCACAGGUUAAAAGGAAAUAAAAUGCAGAGGCUGCCGGCACCGUACAUACAUUCCACCAAUCAGUAGCUUUCAUGUGCCCUGUGUAUGUCAUGAUGUGUAUGAAUUGAUAAGCCUGUAGUUAGUGUAGUUUUUCUUCCCUUUGGCUUGAGUCUGCCCAUCACAAACUGUUAGUGUACAUUGUAAUAAUACAUUGCAUUCUCCACCGCUCAGAUUUGGUUGGAGUUGGAGGACGUAAUGUUUGAACUUUGUUGCGGAUAUGUGAUAUGUAUAAAAAAAAAAAAGAUAUAAAUAUACAGUAUGUGAAAUGACAAUGAGGAGUAUCCUUUAAAUGUUGUUCUCAGAGGUACAGUAAUUGUCACCCAACAUUUCUGUCUAGAGGAAAAACCCUGUGUCCUUUAACUAAAAGUCUUUAAUUUGUGCAGUGGUUUCAUUGCAUGGAUGCAGACUCUUGCAAAUACUGAGAGUGUAAGAUCGAUAUACAACAUGAUAAGGGUAUAUUUAAAAAAAAUAUAUAAAGCAUUUUAAGUGACAUUGGUGUGCCCUUGUUCCAUUGAAUGAUGUGUUUUCUUUCUUUUGUUGUAAAUGUGAAAUUAAAAGCUGUAUGGAGUACA